AUGGCGAUGAAAGAAGGGAGUUCAGUGGAGCACUUUGCCAUGAGAAGUCGUGCAGCUCGAACUUCGUCAAGUGAAGGGUUUCAGAACGAUAUGCCGACUUAUAAAGAUGUAAUUUUAAUCGAGAGAAAAGUGAAAAACGGUGAUACCCUGAAUAAAUUGGCAAUCAAAUAUCAAGUUAAUGUGGCAGAAAUAAAAAGAGUGAACAAUUUGGUGUCGGAACAGGCUUUUUUGGCACUUUCAAAAGUGAAAAUUCCAGUGAGUCGGAUGAGAAUGGCACUCGGUGUACAGUCGGUUUCCAGUCAAGAUGAGGAUGAAAAUGAAGUUCUUAUUGAUAUUGACGACAGAACCGCCCUUUUACGAGAAGAACGGAAUUCCAGAGAUCCCAGUGUCGAGGAUAUUUUCCACAAAACUGAUACGAAUAUCGCCCAAGUACGAGAAGCGCUCCCUGAAGAUGGCGCCGCCAGCACCGGUUUUCAUUUUGUAACUGCUCGAGCGCCGACGUCGCCGACGGUUUCUGUAUGGAUUGUUAUUCUAGGCGUCCUUCUGAUAUUCUGUGUUCUUCCCCUAUUACUCACAUUUUAUGAAGAACAAGAAGAAGCCGCCCACCUCCAUAAAACUACGCAUGCUGCAUAA